UUUGAAAAGAUGAGUUCGUAUUUUAAGGAUAAGGUUGCGAUAGUGACUGGCUCGAGUUCUGGAAUAGGGGAGGCCAUCGCCAUUAGUUUAGCUGUCAAGGGAGCAAGAGUCUCCUUGUGUGGACGCGAUCCAGACAGAUUGAAGACGGUGCUGGACAGGGCUGUUGAGGUCAGUGGAGGACACAAAGAGAGGUUUAUCACUGUUCGAGGGGAUCUGAACGAAGAGGAUUGCAGAAGAGAUAUUGUUGGCAAGACUAUUGAGGCGUUCGGGCAGCUGGACAUCCUGAUAGCCAAUGCGGGUGUUUCCGUUCCCGGUUCGACGAUUCGAGACGCAACACCUGAAAUUUACGACAAGACGAUGGACACCAAUGUCAAAGCUGUAUUCUUUCUAAUCCAGGACGCCCUGCCUCAUCUCGAGAAAACCAAAGGAAACAUCCUCUGUGUCUCUUCCGUAUUGAACUCGUUAGUUUUGGUCCCCGACAUCAUCUACCCCGUGUCCAAGGCCGCAGUCAAGCACAUGUGUAACUGUCUGGCGGUGCAACUCGGCCCUAAAGGCAUCCGGGUGAACACGGUCAACCCAGCGCACAUCCCGACUAGGAUAGGAAGGGAUUAUGAACACACCCAGGCAGCCGUCGACUGGAUCAACAAAGAAAAGAAAUCCGUGGCCCUGCCUCACUAUGAGGGCUCCGCCGAAGACGUUGCCGACGCGGUUGUCUUUCUCGUCUCGGAUAACGCUGUCGGCAUCACCGGACAGCACCUCAACGUCGACGGUGGAAGGUCGUUCUUUGGAGCUUCCAAUAUGGAAUAA